AGUGGUGAGCAAAGGAAUGAAGGGGAGAGAGAGAGAGAGAAACUAAACUGGAAGCUUGAGUUUUGUGUUGCCUCUUGAAACCUUAUGAAUGGAUUACUAGCAGCUGAGAGCCAGGAGAGACCUAUGGGGAUGCAAGAUCACCCACACUCUUACAGGGGGAGAAAAGCAGGCGGAACCCUUCCUUGAUGUGCUAUCCCCCCUUCCUGAAAUGAAUGAGACCCACCAGGCUCCCUGAAGGUGAAAGCAAGGGCUCCCAGACUCAUUUGAUCAGGAGACCAGCAGACUGGCAGCCAGAGAACUUUACAGAGACUUGCAGCACACCAACAAGUUGGACGGAAAUAAAAACAAAAACCAAUACCAAACAAAAAAAAACCAAAAAAACAAAACAACAACAACAACAACAACAAACUCUCUUCAAUAGUCAACAACCCUGAGCUCCGCUGAGGGAGCAUUCACCUACCCAGGCAGACUGGAGGCUGCAUGGACAUCUGGCUGAGGACUCUGAAGAGAAAGAAAGUUAAGUACCAGCUUGUAUUUUUGUGUCCCCAGAUUAUUUUCUCAUUUUAAAAGAAUAAGCAUCAAAUCAUGUCUCAGCCCAAGAGGUUUUAUUUUAUCUUAUUUUAUUUUCAGUUUGCUUUAAGUUGAACAGAGGCAGAAGAGCACAUUAGAGAAUAAGAUUAUUUUGAGUGACCAGCUAACGUGGUACGUAUCUGAGAGGAUUUUGCUUAUAUUAUACACUCUCUUCUAGUAUCAGUGAGGAGAGGAGUUACUGAAGGAAGAAAAGGUCUCUGGGAGAAAACUCAAAGUAAGAACAGUUAAGUUCAUUUUGAGAGGUCUGAAAUCAAGCAAGAAGAGAGGUCAAGGGAGCCGGCCAGAAGGUCCAGGAGACAGGAGCGACAGAAGCCACAAGGAGCUGGCUGAAUUCCCAGGACAGGUAGCCAGGAGAGGCCUUCUUUUGGGUGCUACUUGAGAAAGUUUGGUUUGUCGUUCAGUUUUCCUGGUGACUUCAAAUCCAUUGCUGGUUGUCUUUUCCUCUCCUCCCCAUCAUUCUUGUGUGGUACCCAGAAAGUGACUUCUGGUUCUUAAGAAGCGUGCUGACGGAAGAUAUGAUGUAUUGGAAGGUCCUGAGAAUAAGCCUGGUGGUUCUGGCUGGGUGGGCAAUCAGUACCACUAACUCGGAGCUGGGCUGGACACGCAAGAAAUCCCUGGCUCAGAGGGGACACCUGAAGCAGGUGCCGUUGGAAGGUGAACACUGUUGGCUGGGACACAAGGUUCGAAGACCCAGAACUGCCCCCCAGCACCAUCUCUUUGGGGUCUACCCAAGCCGACCUGAAAGCUACCUGAGGUCCUACCCUGUGGGGAAGCAGCAAACCCAGAAUGCAGGAUGGAGUAAACAAAGCGCAGCAAGACACGCUUCUAGUGGUGUUCCCGAAGACCUGACUGAAAACCCAGCAGGAGUGAGGAGGGCGUCUGAGCAGCCAGCUGCCCCGUGGGUAAGGGAUGGUCCUAUUGGGCAAUCGGAGCUGCUGAGAGAUGAUGACAGUUAUCCUGGCAAGAGAGAAUCCAACGAGGUUCUAGGUGAGCCUGUGACUCGGGGAAGCUCAGAAACUGCUGCCUCCACCAUCUCCACCUUUGUGUACCAGAAGGGACCCUCAGCAGGGACCCAGAGGAGGGGUGAGACCAAGCCUAGGUUUCCUCACCAAGUUCAGAAGAGGCAGGCAGAAGUGACCAGAGACCCCGAGAAUAACCCUCAAGAUUUCCAGCUUUGGCCUAAGGACCCCCGUAAGCACGGAGAUUGUGACAGUCCAUUGGAGGGCACCAUCCAAAAUGGUGGAGGGGCCUCUGGCCGGGGAGCAGAGACCUUUAACCCUCAAGGAGGAUUGCCUGUACUGUACUUCUCUGGGAAGAGGGAGCGGCUGCUGCUGCGUCCAGAAGUGCUGGCUGAGAUUCCCCGGGAGGCGUUCACAGUGGAAGUCUGGGUGAGACCAGAGGGAGGACAGAGCAACCCAGCCAUCAUUGCAGGUGUGUUUGAUAACUGCUCUCACACGGUCAGUGACAAGGGCUGGGCCCUGGGGAUCCGCUCAGGGCAGGACAAGGGGAGGAGAGAUGCUCGCUUCUUCUUUUCCCUCCGCACGGACCGAGUGAAGAAAGCUACUGUUGUGACUAGCCACAGCCGCUACCGGCCAGGCACAUGGACUCACGUGGCAGCCACUUACGAUGGACAGCGUAUAGCUCUGUACGUGGACGGCACUCGAGUGGCUAGUAGUUCUGACCAGUCUGGCCCACUGAAUAGCCCUUUCAUGGCGUCUUGCCGAUCUCUGCUCCUGGGAGGGGACAGCUCCGAGGACGGGCAUUAUUUCCGCGGAUACCUGGGAACGCUGGCCAUCUGGUCGACCGCCCUCUCACAAACGCACCUCCAGCACAGUCUGCAGCAUCCAGGCGGAGCAGAUGAGUUGAACACCCUGAUCCUGACUGCUACUUUCGCUCCUCUGAAGGAACAGUGGGUCCCCUUCAGAGAUGAGACAUAUCCCUGGCUGGAGGUUCUCAAGGACUCUGAGUCACAGCCUGAGAUUCUGUCACCUUUACAGCCCCCACCCUGUGGACAAACAGCUUGCGACAACGUGGAACUGAUCUCCCAGUACAACAAGCACGGGCCCCUUCGGCGAGAGAAAGUGAUCCGCUACCAGGUGGUCAACAUCUGUGAUGAUGAGGGGCUGCAUCCUAUUGUGAGCGACGAUCAGAUCCGCCGACAGCACCAGGCGCUGAAUGAGGCCUUCAGCCGCUACAACAUCAGCUGGCAGCUGAGUGUCCACCGGGUCCACAACUCCACUCUGCGCCACCGGGUUGUGCUCGUUAACUGUGAGCCCAGCAAGAUUGGCAAUGACCACUGUGACCCUGAGUGCGAGCAUCCACUCACUGGCUACGAUGGGGGCGAUUGCCGCCUGCAGGGCCGCUGCUACUCCUGGAAUCGCAGGGAUGGUCGCUGUCACGUGGAGUGCAACAACAUGCUGAAUGAUUUUGAUGACGGGGACUGCUGUGAUCCUGAAGUGACCGAUGUCCGCAAGACUUGCUUUGACCCUGACUCACCCAAGAGAGCAUACAUGAGUGUGAAGGAGCUGAAGGAGGUCUUGCAGCUCAACAGUAGCCAUUUCCUCAACGUCUACUUUGCCAGCUCUGUUCGGGAAGACCUUGCAGGUGCUGCCACAUGGCCUUGGGACAAGGAAGCUGUCAGUCACCUGGGUGGCGUCGUCCUCAACCCGGCCUAUUACGGCAUGCCGGGCCACACCAACAUCAUGAUCCACGAGGUGGGACACGUCCUGGGACUCUACCAUGUUUUCAAAGGCGUCAGUGAAAGAGAGUCCUGUGAUGAUCCCUGUAGAGAGAUAGUGCCUUCCAUGGAGACAGGAGACCUGUGCGCUGACACUGCUCCUACACCCAAGAGCAAGCUGUGUCAGGACCCAGAGCCAGCUAAUGACACCUGUGGCUUCACUGGCUUCCCCGGGGCUCCAUUCAGCAACUACAUGAGCUACACAGACGAUGACUGCACGGACAACUUCACCCCUAACCAAGUGGCCCGGAUGCAUUGCUAUUUGGACCUCGUAUACCAGCAAUGGAGUGAAAGCCAAAAACCCACCCCUAUACCCAUCCCCCCAAUGGUUAUUGGGCAAACCGACAAGUCCCUCACUAUCCACUGGCUGCCUCCCAUUAGCGGAGUGGUGUAUGACAGGGCCCCUGGCAGUAUGUGUGGUGCCUGCACUGAAGAUGGGACAUUCCUUCAGUAUGUACACAAGGCAUCCUCCGGGCGGGUGUGUGACUCUUCAGGUUACUGGACUCCAGAGGAGGCUGUAGGGCCCCCUGAUGUGGAUCAGCCCUGUGAGCCUAGCUUGCAGGCCUGGAGUCCUGAGCUCCACCUGUACCACAUGAAUAUGACCGUGCCCUGCCCAGUAGAAGGCUGCAGCCUGGAACUGCUUUUCCAACACCCGGUUGAAGCUGAUACCCUCACACUCUGGGUCACUUACCUCUCCGUGGACUCUUCCAAGGCACUCUUUGACGUAGAGAUCUUGCUAGAACACAAGGAAUCUGUGCACCUGGGGCCCUUAAACACUUUUUGUGACACGCCGCUCACCAUCAAGCUCCACGUGGAUGGGAAGGUCUUGGGAGUCAAAGUCUACACCCUUGAUGAACGAAUGGAAAUUGAUGCGGCUCUCCUGACGUCUCGGCCCAAUAGCUCCCUGUGUUCUGGAUGCAGGCCUGUGAGUUACCAUGUUCUCAGAGAGCCUCCUUUUUCCAGUGGCUUGCCCGUGGUGGUGACACACCCGCACAGGAAGUUCACCGACAUGGAGGUCGUGCCGGGGCAGACAUAUCAGUACCAAGUUCAAGCUGCAGCUGGAGGGGAACUCGGAGAAGCGUCUCCACCUCUGAGCCACAUCCAUGGAGGCCCUUACUGUGGAGAUGGGAAGGUGGCAAGGAGUAUGGGAGAAAUGUGCGAUGAUGGAGACCUGUUAAACGGAGAUGGGUGCUCCAAAGCAUGUGAGCUGGAGGAAGGCUUCCACUGUGUAGGGGAGCCAAGCCUUUGCUACAGGUAUGAGGGAGAUGGGAUUUGUGAACCUUUUGAGAAAGAAAUCAGCAUCGUAGACUGUGGCCUGCAUACUCCUGAAGGACACUUGGACCAGUGGGCUACCCAGGCUUAUUCCUACCAUGAAGACAAGAAGAAGUGUCCUGUUUCCAUGCUCACAGGAGAACCUCUUUCAAUGAUCUGUACUUCACACCAUCCAGAUUCAUCCCCACAGCAUCUCUUUACUGGCUGGUUUCCUUGUGUCUUCAGUCUGAAGAAUGCCCAGGAUGAAGGCAGUGAGCAGCCUAAACAUGGCCUUCAGAAGGACAAUGAAAUUUGGCUCGAAGUGUGUUUCGAUAGACCAGGAGUUGCUGUGGCAAUUUUCCUUUUCUUGGCAUCUGAUGGCCUGGUCCCUGGGGAGCAGCAACAGCCAACAGUGACUGCCUACUUGACUGACAUCAGUGGAAGCAACCACUCUCUUGGAACCUAUGACCUGUCAUGUCAGCAUAAUCCACUGGUUAUCAAUAUGAGCCAUCAUGCAAAUGCCUGCCCCCACCAUACCUCCUCCGUGCUGCUGAAUUUUUCAUCCCCACUGGUAGGCAUCUCAGCAGUGGCUCUAAGGACAUCCUCCCACACCAGGUCUUCAGCUCCCGGUAACUGCAUCCUGGAGCAGAACCAUCAGGGACAGAGCUGUGCCCAACGACCAUGUGGAGAACAGAGAACAUGUACGCCAUUGCUACUUGAUCACGCAGACAUGGUAAAUUGUACCUCCAGUGGUCCAGGUCACAUGAAGUGUGCUGUAACUUGUCAAAGGGGGUUUGUCCUUCAGACCAGCAGUGGGCAGUACCUCAGGACUAUGAAGAAAGAGACUCUCCUCACUUGUUCCUCUGGCCACUGGGACAAGGAUGUGACCUGCAAGCCUCUUGACUGUGGUGUUCCAGACUCGUCCUUGGUGAAUUAUGCAAACUUCUCCUGUUUGGAGGGUACCGGAUUCCUGAAACGCUGUUCCAUCUCAUGUGUCCCACCAGCCAAGCUCCAAGGACUGAGCCCGUGGCUGACCUGUCUUGAAGAUGGACUCUGGUCUCUCCCUGAAGUCUACUGCAAGUUGGAAUGUGAUGCUCCUCCAGUUAUUCCAAAUGCUAACUUGCUGCUGCCCCGGUGCCUGGAGGGCAACCAUGAUGUGGGCACCAUUUGCAGAUAUGAAUGCAAACCAGGCUACUAUGUGAAGGAGAAUACGGGAAGCCAAGGCAGAAACAAAUUCCUGAAAAUACAAUGCCUGGAUGAUGGAACCUGGGAGCAAGGGAGCUGCGUCCCAGUGGUCUGUGAGCCUCCUCCUCCGGUCUUUGAAGGCAUGUAUGAAUGUACUGAUGGCUUCAAGCUGAACAGCCAGUGUGUACUCAACUGUAACCAGGAAAAGGAAAGGGCUCCGAUCCUCUGCACUGAAGAGGGGCUAUGGACCCAGGAGUUCAAGCUGUGUGAAAACCUGCAAGGGGAAUGCCCACCACCCACUUCAGAGCUGAACUCUGUGGAGUACAAGUGUGGACAGGGAUAUGGGAUUGGAGCAGUGUGUUCCCCAUCAUGUGUAAUCCCCCCUAGGGACCCUGUGAUACUACCAGAGAAUGUGACUACUGACACUUUGGAGCACUGGAUGGAACCUAUCAGAGUCCAGAGCAUUGUGUGUACCGGCAGGCGUCAGUGGCACCCAGAUCCCUCCCUGGUCCACUGCAUCCAGUCAUGUGAGCCUUUCCAAGCAGAUGGCUGGUGUGACACUAUCAAUAACCGGGCCUAUUGCCACUAUGAUGGGGGAGACUGCUGCUCUUCCACACUCUCUUCCAAGAAGGUUAUUCCAUUUGCUGCUGACUGUGACCUGGAUGAAUGCACCUGUCGUGACCCCAAGGCAGAAGAAAAUCAAAAGCAGUAAACUCAAGGACCAGAGCCCACCAUCCUCUGCUCUGGAGGCAGACUAAGAGAUAGAGGCUCCCAUAUCAGGAUGCAAAGGGUGAAUACAGGACUCAUGGUGGAAUGAGAGCCUAGGACAGAGCCUCUAACAGAUGCAAGAGAAUGUUCGUAGGUGCCAAUUAAUGCAUUAAGUAGCCCAAGUAGGGAGGAAUUACAUGCAAAAGUUUCUGUAAAAAGAUAAUUGAUUUGAAAUGGAAGGAGAAGGACAUUUGUACUCUUCCCCAUUUGUACUCCAUCCUUUUCUCGAUUCUCAUGCUCCUCCCCACUCUGCAUGCUGUCAGUGGCUCAGCCCCACCCAACAUGCAAACAUUAGAAAAUAAGCUGCCAGGGACACUCUGUUAAUACCCAUUUCAAGUGGACUGUCAUCUUCCAGGGCUCAUCUACUCUAAACUGGCCCUUUGCCUUUCUUUUGCAUAGUCUCUCUUAAAUAAUGAGGUUAGCUAUUUCUUUAUAAGUAUUUAAACAUAAUUAUAUGAAUAUAUUAUAUAUUAUAUUUUUUGCUGUUUACUAAGCUAAAGUUUAAUCCAUUUUUUUCCACACGUGCUGCUGUCCAGAUGGAUACUGAAGCUUUGAGGCCAGAAAGAAAGGUUCUUUUGCCUUCCUCUUAGAGAUAGGGAUUGGCAGGUUGGAUGGGAAGAAGGGAGUAGUUGGAAGUCUGGAUGCUGGCCUGUCAGCUGAUCAUCAUUUUAUGACCUGGGAGCUGGGCCUGCUGAAAGGAGAUAGACUUGGCUUGCUAAGGGCAAGAGACACGGAAAGUUACAAGUGGGAACCCAUUUGGAAGUAGGUCCAGGAGAACUAGACAAUGGUUUCUAAGCAUCUAUCAAAACGAGCAUGCAAAUUAUUCUACACUUCUCAGAACUCCCAGUUGGAGUUGGUGGAGUCCAGGGUCUUUUCCACCUCUCCCUGUGCCUAGUCCAAGCAUAACUGCCAGCCAGCCAGCCAGCCAGCCAGUCAAAAGUUUGUAUUAGGGCUCAUUCUCUGGACACCAGGUUCACGGGAACUUACACUCUCUUCGUACUUGGACAGUCGGUGCCUCUCCUUGUUGGAAGUCUCAAAUGAAGCCUGGCCAUCAUUCACAGCCACAUCACCAUCUGUUGAUUUUCUGAGAAAAGAAAAUGCUUUGGAAAUUCAGUGUGGGGAAAAGGUAAAAGAGAUGAAAGCACAGGCAGGGAUAGGAGCCAAAGGCUGUCAGAGAGGUGAGAGGUCAAGAGUAAAUGAGGUUUGAGGAUAGGAGGAGUGAGUGAACAAGUCCCUGUCCCAAAUCUCUAAAAGAGGCCAGAGAUCCCUCAAGCAAUGAGAUAAAUCUUAUUCAAGUACAAGGCAUGAAGUUUGUGGCCCAGUAAGCAACAUGUGGAGUGAGGGUGACACUCUGUGGGGAGAAAGGAGAAUUUCAACUAUUUAGGGUUCAUGUUGUCUUUACCAAUGUUGUCUUGUUCAAUAGCCAUACGGGCUACACACAAAUUGAUCACAUCAGCACUUCUUUUCUUUUCAUCCAUCUUAGGCUCACAUCUUAGGAGUACAUCUUUGGGGUCUGUCCUAGGUAUGUUUUCUUUUAACAGUUUCUGGAUCGCACCAAGAAAGAGAGGUUGGGGCUCAGUUUCUUCUGUUUAACAACAACCUUACAAAGGCUCUGAGCUGUUUCCCUUAAGUUUUAUUCCAGUGGAAACUGAGUCCAGGCAGAACUUGGAACCACUUCUGGUACCUCCACAGCCACUCCUUUUGUUCUCCCUGUUCUUUAUUAUCAAUACUGAAGCAACUGAUCUAUAAAAUAAUAAAGGAAAUCUUACUUACCAACAUCAGCAUAUUACCCCUGCUGUAUAUGAAGAACAAUACUCUGUAAUGAGUUUGGGUAUCAUGAUACACAUAUUACCUAUGGGUAAGUGGAAUGAGGACAACAAAGUCAUCAAGAAAGGGAAUAACAGCGUUAGUCCAUCCAAAAUUGUCUCUAUUCCUAGCUAUAAGGUAAACAGUUCUCAAAUACUGUCUACUGCCUCGGUCAUACCCUCAGUCAAGAGUGGACAUUUCUGUCUGAUACUUCAUUUUAAAAGACUCUGUGAUUUCUUGGCAACAUUCAUGCUGCCCUGGGAAGGCAGGAGGACAGUUUCUAUGGUGUGUGAAAAGUUCCUCAGGCUGAAGGCUACUUAGCCAUAAUCAGCUAGAAACAGAGGCUGCGGUCUUGUCUAGACUUUGUCCCUGGGCCCCAGUGUUUGGAGCAACUCAAGUCCCUCGUAAAGAAAGUGAUCAAAGAUCCUGGGGGCAACUCAUGCUUGCCUUUCCAUGUGAUUGUCUGCAUUCUGUUUCUCUUAGACAUCCAUAAUGUCAUCCAGGGCCCUUGAGAAAGGCUCCUCCCUCCCUCUGUUCCUUUAUUCCGGAGUCACCUCCCUGUUUCUUCUUGUCCCUGGUAUCUAGAGUUUUGAGGUCCACAUGGCACAGAGGUAGCUGACUUCAAUAGUUCCCAUGAUAGCCAUCAGUCACAGAUACAAAAAAGAGGUCAGCAGGGGCAAUGAGCAGAUCUUGGCAAAGAAGGCAGCGAGUAGAAUCUUGGUUCUUUCCUUUCCUUUCCAACAUUACAAGGCAUUGGUCUUGACACUUGAUCUAUUCUGUGUGAACACUAUUGAGUGUGUCACUUAGCACCCAAGGGGACAGUUUGAUUGAAAACACGGUGAAAGGAGCUGAUCUACUGUAUUGUAAUGUAAAACAGCCACAUCCAGUUAUUUUAUAAGAUUAUAAAAGGUUCAUUAAAAAAUCAGCACACAAAAUAUGAAGUGUGUUUGGUGUCUUAUUCUUUGUUUAAAUGAUUUCAUUAUUUCUGAGUCACUUUUCAUUGGCCUGUACCAAGUCCACAAUUCCCUUAUUGGCUGAUCAUUCCCUUCAGUCACUUGAAAAGUAUUUGUUACAUAAAUAGGUUAUGAAAGAGAGAUAAACACGCAAUUCCACAAGAAGAGAUGACAUUUACAAAGGUACAGUAUGUGACAGUGAUGCCAAGUCCCUGGUGAGCUAUGAAAAAAAAAACAUGUUCAAGAAUCAUUUACAUUUCAGAUGUGAUGAGCAUCAUCCCUGGAUACCAACGGGAGGUGUCCUUUGAAGGAUGGUUGGUAAAGGUUGCACUGGACAGGCAGAAGCAGAGGGGAGAGUAGAGAACAGAGGUGAAGAUGUGGAGGUAGCAAUGGGAAAGACCAUCUGUUAGUGGACAUUGGUGAGGCAUCGCUGAAACUUACAACUAAAUUAAUGUACACCAGGCAGUUGGAAAACACAUCUCAUUUAAUUCCCAGGGCGCGGGGAAAUCUGAAAAUCACAUAUUCUCACCUCACAGAGGAGAACACCAACCACCAGUCUGGAGAAGGCAGUUCUGCCAGAUGAUGUAACUGAACCAGCGUCAAGCCUGCCUUGCGGGAUACUGAGGUGUAUGAAGAGGGGAAAAAAAUGGCGAUUAAUAAGAAAGGAGGUGAUGAUGGCCAGUCGCAGAGGUGAAGCUGCCGCUUCCUGUGACAUGGAGGGAAAGAGGGGUCAGGAAAGCAAGUUUUGGAGCGAGAAUAUUAAUUUGCUCCUUUGAUGAACUUUGGUUGAUGGCCAGACAGAUAUAUAAUUAGCUAGAAGUGUCACAAAGAGCCGAGUUCAGCACCCUGGAGGAGGCUUCUGCACCUGGGACCAACAGGCUCAACUCUCUGGUCAUGCCAGACAUAGCAGGGACGGCCGUUUGGAUUGCUUGUCCCACCUACCCGCCUGCACUUGGGAAGACAUGUAGAAAAGGUGGCUGGGAGCAUAACCUUGGACUGCGAGAAAGAGGUUUGUGGUUGGAAAUAAGCAUUUUACAUUAAAAAGGAAUGAUUCCUUGGCAUUUUCCAAAAUAACUCGCGAAGUGCCUUUCCUGUGAUUUUUAGCUAUCUGUGGGUGAGGGGUGAGAUCACUUUGGAUAUUUUACAAGUGAGGAAAUCUAGUGAUGGAGCUAUUACUAGAAAUUUGAAGUAUGUGUUCUAAGUUGCAGGUUGGGAUAGGACUCUAGUUUUUGCUUUGCUCUUAAACGUAAUGUGUUUUCUGUAGACCCAAGAGUGAGCCCAUACCCUACUUCCAUGAGAAAGUUCACAGCUUUUCAUCUGUUUGUGUUUGGAAGUACUUACUGGUUUCCCUGUGGUUUUCUUAGUCUUUCUUCCCUCCUGCUGCUGUCCAUGUUAAAUGGUAGGGAAUCCCCCUUGAGCACCACCUCCCACCCUGACCCUCUCUCAUGCCAGGCCCUGAGUAUAAGCAGAUGCCCUUGAACAUGCCAGUUAGGACAGCUGGACAGGAACAUCUGGCAAGGUUGUAUUCUUCUUAAUAGUUUCCCCAGGGGAAGUCCUGGACAGAGACUUUGGAGCUCUGGUUUUUAUUGACUGGUGAACAGAAAUGACGAGAUGAGUCAUCCAUAAGCCCAGAGCCCUGAGCUCAAAGACCUGCUCUUCCAUCCAGGCCAUGCAGGUGAUGAGAAGCUCUGUGGGUGGGGAAAAAAAGGUGAGCAGGAUGCUUUACAAAUCCAAAUUGUUCCACCGAGUCUCUUGGCCUGGUAUUGUCACUGUGUGUGUACACAUGUAUUCAUGUAUUUGCACAUACAUAUGUUUGUUCUACAUGUAUAUAUGUACAUGUGAAGGCCAAAGGAGAGCCUUAGCCAUUGUCCAUCAAGGUCAGAGGACGGCCUUGGGUAUUGCUCUCAAGCACUAACUACCUUUUUCUUUUCUGAGACAGGCCCUCUCAGUGACCUGGAACUGGCUGGGCUUUCUAGCACUUGAGUCCCAGAGAUCUGCUUACCCACCUCCCCAACGCUGGGAUGACAAAUGACCACCACCAUCCCUGGAGGAUGGAAGCAUUUUAGAGACUGAGAUUUCUUCCAAGCCCCCGAAUCACAUUCAUUUUUAAGUCAUUCAUUUGAUUUGUGUGUGUUUUUUUUAACAUCUCUUUAUUUAAGUUGGGAAAAUUUUUCUAUGAUUUUCUUUUUUUAAAGAUUUUUUUACCUUUAUUAAUUACACUUUAUUCACUUUGUAUCCCCGCAUAAGCCCCUUCCUCCUCCCCUGCCGAUCUCACCCUCCCACCCCUUCUUCACGCAUGCUUCUCCCCAAGUCCACUGAUAGGGGAGGUCCUCCUCUCCUUCCUUCUGACCUUAGUCUAUCAGAUCUCAUCAGAAAUGGCUGCACUGUUGUCUUCUGUGGCCUGGUAAGGUUGCUCCCCUCUCAGGGGGAGGUGAUCAAAGAGCAGGCCAAUCAGAUUAUGUCAGAGGCAGUCCCUCUUCUCAUUACUAUGGAACCCACUUGGACACUAAACUGCCAUGGGCUACAUCUGUGCAGGGGUUCUAGGUUAUCUCCAUGCAUGGUACUUGGUUGGAGUAUGAGUCUCUGGGCAGACCCCUGUGUUCAAAUUUCUCGUUCUGUUGCUUUUUGUUUGAGAGACAUAGACAUAGACAGAGAGAGGCCAAUGGGGGGGGAAAGAAAAGAGAGAGAGGUCGGAAGAGGAGAGAGAAAGAGCACAAAAUUGGGUGGGAGGGAUGAGGGGAAGAGUUAGAGGAGGAGAAAGAAUGUGCUUGCAAGAUAUUGUAUGAAAAAAAAGUGAAAAAAUACCACUGACUCCCACUCUUUGAUAUUUUUAAAAGGAUCAUGUACUAAUAAUGAUCUGUGCCAAUAAACAUUCUGUAUGUUUCUUGUAUGUUUCUCCUGCACAAAGACAAGCUUGACUUAGAAGGUAUUUAUUUUCAAGUCUGUCAAGUUCAUAUUAUUCUAUCAGAAUCCAGGCUGGUGGUCAGCAAACUGGUCUGCUUCAUUCACUUCCUUAGUGGAUCAUUUUGUUUUUGUUUUUGUUUUUCUGAUUCUCCGUUCCACAUUUAGGUAAUGUUGUUAAAUGUUAGUAAGGGCUCAUGUGACAAUGGUGGAGUACAUUCUUGGAAAAACUCUGUCAGUCUAAUCUUUGUCACGUUUCCAAUGAAUAUUUUAAAAACCUCUAAGCGCUGUAAGAUAGUUCUGAGGAACUGCAAUUUGCUAAUGUUUUUGCAAUCAAAUUUUCUUGUAAGGAUAAUUUAAUAUAGCCAAGCUUCCUUUUCUUUGUCCUUGUCUACAUAAAAGUCAUUUAUUUGAAUACAAAUAAAAACAAAUAAAG